AUGGCGAACGCAGAGGCGGCUGAGAGGCACCAGGCAGAGGCUACGCGCCUCCGGUCAGAGAUCGAGCAGCUGGUGCAGCGCGCCCGGCUUCUUUUGCACGGUGAUGCUGCGAACAAGCCGCUCGCACCACGGCCUCCGCAUCCCCGGCGCGCUGAGCGCGAGCGGGAGCUUGAAGAGGCAUUGGAAAAGGCAGAGUGGUACCGGCGUGAAAUCAAGCGCAUGCGGCAGGAACUGGAGUCCCGGGACCGGCACAGCCAGAUGUCGAACCCCUGGGACGCCCGGGACAAGGAUCCCAUGGAGCUGUACAACCUCCUCGCAGAGCGACGGAAGGAGCUGCAGCAACUGCAGCGUGUCAGCGAAGGGCUGGAGCAUGCGGCCGAGGUCCAGCGCAAGGCCGAGAAUGCCCAGAGUGCAGUGCGGCCGGAGAUAGAGGAACGGCUUCAGAAGGUGAAAAUGGAGGUGGAUCAGCAGAAGCGGCUGAAUGUAAAGCUGCAAGCGGACCGGCUGAAGCUCUCCAACCAGCGGAAGGCCAUUGAGGAGGAGAUAAGGAAGGUGGGUAGCGAGCUUCGGAGCAAGGCCGCUCUGUUGCAUCGCAAGGGCCCGACUGGCCAGGAGAAAGGCAGCCACACUGUUCUGGAGCAAUUGCGUCGCGAAGUUGACAUCUUGCGCGGUGCACUUCGGCAAGACGAAAGGAAGCACCGGGCGAUGCUGAAGGAAGACAGCCAAGAGGUGGACUUCGCGGCCGCACAUGUCCAGAGUCUCCAGAAGAGCAUCGAGGAGAGGGAGGCCACCCGGAGCAGAAAACGUGGCAAGUGCGGGCGUAGGAGGGCCAUGUCGCGUAUUCUUCUGACCCAUGUGUCUUUCGCCGCCAUGUCGGAUGAAGCUGAGCGAAACCGACUCUUCGAGAUUGUCCGAGAUGGCAGCUAUGCCGAAGCAAAGAAGGUCCUGUCAGAGGCCGACAUGUCUUGGAAACAUUCGGUGUCUUUCGCCGCCAUGUCGGAUGAAGCUGAGCGAAACCGACUCUUCGAGAUUGUCCGAGAUGGCAGCUAUGCCGAAGCAAAGAAGGUCCUGUCAGAGGCCGACAUGUCUUGGAAACAUUCGGCUCUUCGACAAAACUUUCUUUUUUUUAUUGCGGCGCGACGCCGCCGAGGCUCCGAAAUGCUUGCAAAGCAGUGUGUCGCCAUGGGCGUGGAUCUGGAAGAUAUAGACGUGUAUGGCCAGACGCCCCUAUUUUGGGCGGCAUCACGUGGUAACAUGUUAGUGGUCCAAUUCCUCUUCCAACUCGGCUUUGAGGUCAAUUUUAGGGACUACGCGAGGAAGACAGCGCUCUUUUUCGCCAUCGAGAACAGCCACCUUGAUGUGGCCGACUACCUGAUCGAACGUGCUGCGUCAACCAAGGUGCAGUCCAACCAGAAGAAAACACCGCAGGCGAGCCGUUUUGCGGCAUGGGAAUGGGCCCAGGCCCAAGAGGAGUCGGAGCCGCUUAUCGAACGAAGCGAGGACAACGUAGUGCUGGAGAGCCACCAGUACUUUGUAUGCUCGAAUGCGAGAGGCUGUUCAAAGCGUUUGCGAUGCUCAGAACUAGAAUUCGCAGCAGACCAUGCGCAUCUGCACCAGGAUACGAUGUGGUACCGCAGUUUGACUACCGAGCAAGCGGAGGCUUUCGUGCACGUCAACGCAGAUGAAGAACAAGCUCGAUUAAAAGUCAUUGAAGAGAUGGCGACCGGAGGUCGCCCGUCUGCCUUCACACUACCAGCAGUCUCACAGCAGACCCACACAAUGGCGGGGUAUGUGCACGCAUCUUUCGCAGACCAGACUCUGGUCAUUAAGCACUGCAAAGUGGACCGCCCCCAUCAAGGUCGCGGCUUGGGAGGUCUGCUGAUCCAAGCGGCCGAGAAGCACGCUCAAAAGCUGGGAGCCGCCAUUUCAACAGUAAAACUCUCAGUGCUGGAGACCAACGAGCCGGCCAGAAAGUGCUACGCCAAGUCGGGCUUCCAAUAUUGCGGCGAAUCUCCGUCCAUCUUUCCGCCGUGCAACUGUCCUGCGGACAGUUGCCAUUGUGCUAAUAAGAUCAAGUGGCUGAGCAUGGAGAAGCGCGUCGCCUGA